GCGGGGGCGGGGGAGGAGCGCCGAGCGCGGCGCGGAGGCCGGGGAGGAGCCGGGGCCUGCAGCGGAGCAGAGCGGAGCCCGAGCCCCGACCGAGCCUUGACACCAUCCGUCCGCCUCCUGGUUCCCCGGGAGCCCGGACUGGCCGGAGCCCGAGCUGUGGCGGCGCGGGGAGCGCCACGCGCCGGCUGGAGCGGAGCGGACGGGACGGGACCAGAGAGGAGGCGCGGCCGCCGCAGCAACAGUGACGGGCGUCGGGAGCCGCGGCCUCCCGGCCCCAGCUGCCCAGGCCAGCUCCGGGAGAGCGGGGAGUACGAGAACCCCACCCUCGGGGGCAGCCCCAGGAGCGGAGGCGGGAGCGGGGACGGGAGCCACCUCUCCCCCGGCCGGAGAGAUGACCCUUCGCGUUCGGGCGAGGGAAAGAAGAGACCUCUCUAGGGGACGAGUCUCUUCUUCCUAGAGGCGAGGAAGAUCCCCGUACCGGCCCGGGGAUGGAGCUCCCGAAGUAGAGAGGGGUGAUCCUUACCAAAGGCAGCGAGUGAGACCGCCCCGGCGAGCCUCCACUCCUCCAAACCCACACUCCUCAGUUCUGGACUUUUGAGGCAUAAAGGAAGGGGGAUAUGCCUAUGGAGUAGACACCCUCCAUCCCGUCCACAGGGGAGAGGACUCCUUACACUCAGCGGGAGAGGACACUCCAGGGAAAGAAGAGGACUCGGCUCUCAGCCUUUCAGGAGAGGGGAAGAACUCCCCCCGACUUCCUUGUACCUAGACAGUGGAACAGGGCAGAGCCCCUCCGCUCAGAUCUCCAGCGGACAGAAAGAGGCCUCCACUCCCGACAGAUUCAGUUUGGGGGGGAGGGGGACUCCCCCAAGGGGGAGGAGACAACUCCCGGUUGGGAGAGGCUCCUCCCCUCGUCCCCAGGGUCACUGGCCGAGUGUGGGGACUGUGCCACCUUCCCCAGGUGGGACCUCCUUCUCCUCCCCCUCCCCCUCCCCCCGCUCCUCCUCAUCGGGGGACCCAGUUCCCCUCCCCAGCUUGGGAGGCUCAGCCAAGUACAGGAAGAGCCACUGAGGAUGAGACUCUUCAUCUGCCUCUGAAGAGGGGAGUCCCUCCAACCCCAAACUCCAGUACCAAGUGGUCCUCUCCCUCUGCUGGGGGGGACUUGGAGACAGAACCCAGAAGUACCAUGGCUUCUGACCUAGAGAGUAGCCUCACCUCCAUAGACUGGCUCCCCCAGCUGACCCUCCGGGCUACCAUUGAGAAGCUUGGGAGUGCCUCCCAGGCUGGGCCUCCAGGCGGCAGCCGCAAAUGUCCACCAGGCUCACCCACAGAUCCUAACGCCACCCUGAGCAAAGAUGAGGCAGCCGUCCACCAGGAUGGCAAACCCCGAUACAGCUACGCCACCCUCAUCACCUAUGCCAUCAACUCCUCUCCAGCCAAGAAGAUGACCCUCAGUGAGAUUUACCGCUGGAUCUGUGAUAACUUCCCCUAUUACAAGAAUGCUGGCAUUGGUUGGAAGAAUUCAAUUCGGCACAACCUUUCUCUCAACAAGUGUUUCCGGAAGGUGCCCAGACCUCGGGAUGACCCUGGGAAGGGCUCUUAUUGGACAAUCGAUACCUGCCCUGACAUCUCCCGGAAGAGAAGACACCCUCCAGAUGAUGAUCUAUCCCAGGACUCACCAGAACAGGAGGCAAGCAAGAGCCCACGGGGAGGCGUUCCAGGGAGUGGAGAAGCCUCACUGCCUCCCGAGGGGAAUCCUCAGAUGCCACUCCAGAGCCCCACAUCUAUCGCCAGCUACAGCCAGGGCACAGGGUCUGUGGAUGGCGGAGCCGUGGCAGCAGGGGCUCCAGGCCGAGAGAGCACUGAGGGUCCCCCUCCCCUGUACAAUACCACCCAUGACUUCAAAUUCUCCUACUCAGAGAUCAAUUUUCAGGAUCUAAGCUGGUCCUUCCGCAACCUCUACAAAUCCAUGCUGGAGAAGUCCUCUUCCUCCUCUCAGCACGGCUUUUCGUCUCUCCUGGGGGACCUGCCGCCCUCUAACAACUACUACAUGUACCAGCAGCCGCCGCCGCCGCCGCCGCCCCAGCCGCCGCCUCCGCAGCCGCAGCCGCAGCCGCAGCCGCAGCAGGCACCCGCCCAGGGCCCCUCCGCUGUGGGCGGUGCGCCCCCCCUGCACACCCCAAGCCCAGAUGGCUGUGCCCCACCAGGGGGGAAGCAAGCGGGGGCCGAGGGCUACGGGCCGCCCCCUGUGAUGGCCAUGCACCCACCACCGCUGCAGCACGGCGGCUACCACCCUCAUCAGCACCAUCCCCCCACCCACCCUGCCCAGCCGCCGCCGCCGCCGCCGCAGCAGCAACAGGCACAAGGCCAGGCUGCCAUCAACAGCACUGGCUUUGCCUUUCCUCCUGACUGGUGCUCCAAUAUUGACUCCUUAAAGGAAAGCUUCAAGAUGGUGAACCGGCUCAACUGGUCCAGCAUUGAGCAGUCACAGUUCUCAGAGCUGAUGGAGAGUCUGCGGCAGGCAGAGCAGAAGAACUGGAGCCUGGACCAGCAUCACAUUGCCAAUCUGUGUGACUCCCUCAACCACUUCCUCACUCAGACUGGUCACGUGCCCCCCCAGGGGGGCUCCCACCGGCCACCCGCCCCCGCCCGCAUUGCUGAUUCCUGUGCCCUCACUAGUGGCAAACAGGAGCCAGCCAUGAACCAAGUGAACUCUUACGUGCACCCUCAAGCCCCCCACCUCUACCCGGGUCCAUCACCAAUGUACCCACUUGCCACCCAGGACUCAGCAGGAUACAAUCGCCCAGCACACCACAUGGUCCCUCGGCCGCCAGUUCCACCUCCUGGGGCCAGUGAGGAGAUCCCCGAUGACUUCGACUGGGACUUGAUUACCUAGUGCAUCUGAGCGCCUGGCCAUCAGCCCAGGGCUGGGUGGUGAAGUCUGGCAGUGGGGAAAGCACAGCCCCAGCCCAUCCCUUCCGCCCUUGCCUGUAUAUAGAUAUAUAUCCUCUUUUUUUUUUUUUCUUUCUCUGCCAGAGAAGCCACCGCAAGAUGCUGCCGAAGAUAACCCCCUCUUUUCUGCCUCAUUCUUCCUCUUCCUUCUUGUUUUUCUCCUAAUUCUUUUAUUAUUAUUCUUAUUAUAUUAUUAUUAUUAUUAUUGGUUAUAUGCUGUCUCUGGUCUCCUGUCCCUCCACCAUGGACCACGUCCACCUCUUGCUAAUUUAAAAUCAUCUGGCUGGAAGGUGAGGCCAUGAGAGCCACAGAGAAAGGUCUCAAAUUUUGAUUUCCCUUUCGUGUUGGGAAAGUCAGCGCUAGUCCCACCUUUCAGCCCCACAUUGUUUUCUGUGGAUAUCCGUUCUAUCCAGGACUGGAGAAGCCACGUUAUCAAGUAGAAGGGAUCUAAAACACUGCUUGGCAGCCAUGAAUUUGCAGGUUUUACUCAAUGGUGCUAAUUUUGUCCUCUGAGCUCUUCCUUGUCCCUUUAUUUCUCCAGUCCUACUUCUGCUGAAUCUCAUUCCCCAUCAAGGACAAGAGUGAUGGUGGUGGCAGUAAAACCCUAGUGGAAUAAGAGGUCUGGGUUGGGUCGAGUAGAAUAUCGUAGAGGGGUGAUGGAAUAUAAAACAGUCAGAAAUUGCGUCUAUGCUACUCUGUCAGAUAAACUGUCAUUGGCUUAUUCCUGGCCUGUUCUCUGUAGGAGAUAGAGUCGGGCUUAGCCAGAACUCUGCUUCUCUGGUGGAAAUGAGGACAACUCUUCAGCAUAGGUUCAGCUUUUUGGAGAUGGUUUCAAUUGAACCAUUUUGACUUUUAAACAUCAUUUUCUCUGGAAAUUAACUGUGGCUUUUAUUUGCAUUUACCAAUUAUCCUUUCACCCCCUUAUCUCAUUCAGCAAAUAUUAUUUUGUCCUCCUUUAGUUGUCUGCUCACCUCUUCCACCCAUGGUAUUUUCUUCCCUCAUUUUCUGGCAUUCUCAAGAAGGGAGAGUAACCCAUUAUUCCUUGUAGUCUCACCAUGUCCUAGGGCAAGACGGGAAUCUCUUUCCCACCCAUCAUAGCAGAACCAAACCUACAGUACUGGUGGCAGGAGGGUGCGGGGAGGAGAGGGGAGCUGGCAUAGACAUGGGUGGAGAAUAUUUCAGUUAUUUAACUAUGUAGGCAAAUGCUUCUCUUGGAAUCCAGAUCAUUGGGGCUGAAGCUUUUGCAAUCAGCCUUUUGAGGGGUGAAGGGAAAUUGGUAGAGGGGAAUAAGUAACCUAAAGCAAAGAGCUCCAUGAGGGCCAAGGGAGAACCCCCAGAGAUAGGUACAGGGAUAACUUACCUCCUUUAACAAGGAGUGGCCAUGAUUUAUUGCUGCAAAGUACUUAGUGUAUAUUUGAUAUUAAUCAUUGAAUUUUAGUCAUGAGAGGGAAGAACAAUUUUACUUCCGUUUUUAUUUUGCUGAAUGUUCACUUUCUCAAAGCUGCAGGACAAAAUGUACGGAAUGGACAAGGCCACUCUCUCUGUGAUUUCUGCUUUGUGUUCAUAUUCUUUUAUUUACCCAUGCUUUCUGCUCUCCUGCUUUUCCCCCUCAUCCGCCCCUUUCUUUGUAAGGGAUUCUAUAUGAGAGUUUGUUGAAGACGUCCAGUGAGGCUGAAGUCAGGGGGCAAGAAAGGGCAGUUAACUAAACAGCACUUUAUUUCUUUGAAGUUCUUUGUAAGAAGUAGGGGUGUGAGUGGUGUGAAUCCCCCAUGGUGUCGGAGGGCAGUCAGUGGGGUUGAAGUAUGCCGUAAGAUUUCCUCUUGGGGAAAGGAGAAUUUCUCUUGAGGGUGGUGACACGCCUUGGCCCAGUGUCCUUAUCUGAGGCGUGUCUUCCUUAUCCUUCCAAUCAAGGUGCCUCCUACAUACAACGUCCCAUCUGUUCUCCCUAAGAUUCCCCCUUGACAAAUCAUCACUCUUUUCUAAACCCCUUUUCUACCCAGAUCCAUACAGGAUUUGCAAGGGUAGACUAAAUCAGACAUGUAAAUGUCUCUUGUUUAUAUUUCAUCUGUGUCUUCUGGGUCAUUAAGAAGGGUCAAAAACGAGGGUCAUUAAGAACUCUGGCAGGCAGCCAGAGUAACUGAAGUCUGGGGCUAGGGCUGGAGAUUGGCCGUCAGGCCUUCUGGGAUUUUAGCUCCUCUCCACUAAACCCAGCCUUGCUAAAUGGCACAGGACAAACCUGACCCUCUUUGGGCCUCGGUUUCCCCUCCCCUCCAUGAAAUGGAAAGAAUCCUACUUUGUCUUGUUGGUCCAGCGUUGCUGGCCGUGAAAGUUUUGUCAUUGUUGUUGUCUUGGGUGAUGUGUGCAAAACUGCAGGAGCUCACUGCCUAAAAGAGGAAGUAAGGGAGAAAGUGGAGGAGAGGGACGGAAGGAGCAAUUCUUUGGUAUUGAUCCACCCAUCCCUGCCUUUCUCUCUUCAACCCCCAUGUUUCUGGUUUGGUGAGUCCUUCAUACCACCCAUAAUGCUUUGCAUUGGUGCAGGCUGGGGCGGGGGGUGUAUGGUCUCACAAGUUGUUGUUGUUUGCAUGCUUUCUUAAUAAAAAAAAAAAGAAUGUUUAUGGUUUUA